GUCCACGGCGUGAUGGGCGUGGCUAGUGCUUCCGCCUCUUCUGACGUAAUUCUACACAUGCGCAGUGACAGCCCUCAGCGAGCCCUUUCUAUGCCUAGCGUUGAACGACUAGCAUCAAACGAGCAUCAAGAUGCAGCUCUUCUUGCGUGCCCAGAACACUCACACCCUUGAGGUGACCGGACAGGAGACUGUUGGACAGAUCAAGGCUCAUGUCCAGGGUCUGGAGGGUCUCCUGGUAGAGGACCAGGUGCUGCUGCUCGCCGGAUGCCCGCUGGAGGAUGAUGCCACACUUGCAUCCUGUGGUGUCUCAGAGCUGUGCACCCUUGACGUAGCCGGCAGGCUGCUGGGAGGUAAGGUUCACGGCUCUCUGGCCCGUGCUGGAAAAGUGAGGGGACAGACACCCAAGGUUGAAAAGCAGGAGAAGAAGAAAAAGAAGACUGGCCGCGCCAAGCGCCGCAUCCAGUACAACAGGCGCUUUGUGAACGUGGUGCCCACCUUCGGAAAGAAGAAGGGACCCAACGCCAACUCCUAAGUGCCCCAGAGGAGAAACAUGAUCACCAUCCAUCUGUUUUUACCAGGUUAAAUGUUAUCCUGCUGUACAGAAUAAAAUUUGGCUUGAACAAAA